GAAGGGAUGCUUCUCCGAUGAGAGCUGUGUGGAUGUUAUUUUUUAUUGGAUUUAAUAAUUUUUUUCCUGGAUGGAACUAUAAAGUCAUAUCCCUUAUGCAGCUUGGAUUACACAGGAUCAACGUGACAUCAAAUAACAAGACAAUCAUUUAAGAUAUGGACAUCAGAGGCUUUUGUCAGUGCUGGAAACGGCAAGUAGUCUGCUCCUUUCUCCUGUGUAGCUGGGGCUGGGUCUCUGGGCAGCUUCGUUAUUCUAUUGUUGAGGAGUCUGAUCCAGGGACAUUGGUGGGAAAUGUAGCUCAGGAUCUGGGGAUAAAACGUGCAGAGAUCUCUCAGCGCAGGAUACAUCUGAGAUCUGAAAAAUACCAAAACUAUUUUAGUGUAAAUCAGGCAAAUGGAGGGUUGGCUGUGAAGGACAGGAUUGAUAGGGAGAGCCUGUGUGGAUCCAGUCCCAGAUGUUUACUGCAGUUAGAGGUUGUGGCUGAGAAUCCUGUGGAGCUUUUCAGUCUGGAAAUAGAGAUUCUGGAUAUUAAUGAUAAUUCUCCCACAUUUUCAUCUAACGAUCGCAUUAUAGAUAUUACAGAAGUUUUCACUAGUCCUGGUGCUCGAUUUGCCUUAGAAAUUGCAAAAGAUUUAGAUGUUGGUGUGAAUGGUGUCAGUCAGUAUACAUUGAAUACAAAUCCUUAUUUCUCACUGUCUGUGAAGAGUCGUAAGGACGGAACGCUCAUCCCUCAGCUCAUACUAGAAAAGGUUUUAGAUAGAGAAGAAAAACAAGAACACGACCUGAUUCUCACAGCUAUUGAUGGAGGAGAACCAGCCAGGUCAGGGACCUGCAGGAUAACAAUAGUUGUAUUAGAUAUUAAUGAUAAUCCUCCAGUCUUUAAUCAGUCGGUUUAUAAAGUCAAUAUCAGGGAAAAUCUGCCAUUGAAAACUCUCAUAUUAACAUUAAAUGCAACAGAUCAGGAUGAUGGAGCAAAUGGGGAGAUUCAGUUUUCUUUUGAUGACCACACAUCUGAAUCUGCUAGAGAAAAAAUUUUCCUAAAUGAGCAAACAGGGGAGAUUUAUAUAAAUGGAAUUUUGGAUUUUGAAGAUCAAAGCUUUUAUGAAUUAUCUAUUAAGGUUGUAGACAAAGGACUUCCCAAACUAGAGGGGAAUUGCAUAGUUCACGUGGAAAUAGAAGAUGUGAAUGAUAAUCCCCCUAAAAUUACAUUUACUUUAGCAACUUUUGAUAUUCCAGAAAAUGUGCCAACUGAGUAUAUUGUGGGAUAUGUUAAUGUAAAAGACAAGGAUGCUGGAAAAAAUGGAGAAAUACAUUUGAAGUUAUCACCAAAUGUGCCUUUUAAAAUAAAAUCCAAUCAGAAUUAUUAUGCUUUGGUGACAGAUGGGAAUCUGGACAGAGAGGAAACCUCCCAAUACACUAUAGAGCUGACAGCCUCUGAUUUAGGGUCUCCUCCUCUAUACAGUAAAACAAGUGUCACCCUCAGUGUGUCAGAUAUUAAUGAUAAUGCUCCAGUCUUCACACAACCCACCUAUAAUGCUUUCAUUAAGGAGAACAGUGAUCCAGGGACUCUUCUAUGUACAGUAUCUGCUACUGACCUAGAUGAGGGGGUUAAUUCUGAUCUAGUAUACUCUAUAGUGGAGAAUCAGAUUGAUGGCUCCUCUGUAUCCUCCUUUGUCUACAUUCAUUCUAGUGAUGGGAAUAUAUAUGCUCAGCGUUCCUUUGACUAUGAGAAGAUCCAGGUUUUACAAAUCACCAUAAAGGUAGAAGACUCCGGAUCUCCACAGUUAUCUUCCACUGUUCCUGUCUUUGUCUUUAUUCUGGAUACAAAUGACAAUGCCCCAGCUCUGCUGUAUCCAGAGCACUCUGAAGACCUCAUUGUCCAAGAGAGGAUCCCAAAGUCUACAAGUGCUGGAUAUCUGGUGACAAAACUGUCUGCAGUGGAUCUGGACUCUGGUCACAAUGCCUGGUUGGUGUUUAAUCUUAUUUACCCCAUCAAUUAUUCAUGGAUCCAAGUGUCUAAACACACAGGAGAGGUGAGAACUCUCAAAGGAUUACAGGAAACCGAGAACAUGGAGCAGCAACUUGUCAUUUCCAUCAGUGAUCAGGGAAAUCCCCCAUUAUCCACCACAGUUACUGUACUUGUCGCUAUAGCAGAUGAGGUUAUAGUGGAAACACCAAAAUCUGGGGACUUCCUGACAAAUUCUAAACCCCCAUCAGAUAUGACUCUGUAUUUAAUCAUUUCCCUAGUGGCCAUAAGUUUAGUGUCACUUGUUACCUUCAUGAUAUUAUUGGUGAGAUGUCUGAGGAAGGAAAAUUAUGAUUAUAACAGUAGUUGCUGUUUCCUUGGUGGAUCCCAAUCUAAAAACUACACAGAUCAGUAUCAGCCAGCUCUGUACCUGAACACAUGGGACCUUAAAAUACAUGGAGGUCAGGAUGGUUCCUCCAGGAUCCCAGGGGCAGAGUUACCAAACUCAUUUACCUCCAGCCUCUGA